AUGACUGAAGGCUCUGGGCCUCAGUUCAUGACAAUCGGCUACGUCAAUGAGUAUUUUCCGUAUGUUGUUCGCAAUCCGUACACUCAUAAGCUCAGUGGUAAUUUUUAAAUCGUUUCUUUUUUUCGAAUCUGAUAUAUUAAUUUACAUAAAACCACACAAGUAGUUUCGCAUAUCCUUUAGAAAGAAGACUGGGGAAUAUCCUUUCCUUCGAUUUUUGAAGAAAAAAUUCCUUUUUUGACAGUUUUUGAACAUUAACAUCUAACAGUUAAGGUCAUUUCACUUUCUAAAAAUUCGUCGGAAUAUCUUUCUAUGGUCCUGCAAGUCCCAACCGGCAAAGUCUGUCAGUUUUUGUAAGAAAAAAAAUGCCAAAGUCCCAAAAUGGGCAAUUUUUUACGGAUUUAAAAGGUUUUCUUUGACUUUGAAGCGUAUUUUUUUUCAAAAAACAAGAAACUUGUGCAAGUCGAGACUUGGUAAAUCUAAAAAUAUUCUGGCGGCAAAGUACGAAAAUUGUAAAUGCUGAUUUUAGGGAUUUACGUUGAUAUGUGGCGGCUAUUCGCAGAAAAAAUGAAUCGAGAGCUGAAGUUUUUGAGAAGCGAUAAAUAUGGUUGGUUUUUUAUUCUUAUCGUUUGAAGACGUGAAGAAAUAUUAACUUUUCAAAAAAAUUGAAGAAAUGAUAUUUUUUUCCAGGUUCUUGGACACCUGAUGCGAACGGAAAUUGGUCCGGUUUAUUGGGAAUGAUUCAGGUAUUUUUUUUCAAUCAAAUUUAGGAAAAAAAUAGAAAAAAAUUUUUCUAAUUGUUUUUUUAGAAUGGAACGAUCAUGGGAACCCUUGAGGGAUAUUCCUAUCGCACGGAUCGUAUCCAAAAACUUUCGCUACACCACAAUGUGUGAUUAUUUUAAAGUUUAUUUCGCUAUUUUAAAAAUAUUCAAAAUGAACUAUAAAUCUUCAGGAAACCUUCUACAAGAGCGGAUUUUCACCAUAUUCUUCGAAAAUGUCGGAUUUCCUCGUUUUCAAGCCCGAAGCUCUUGUCAUUUUGCUGUUUUUAUGUGCGAUUGUGCUUGCGGAGCAAACAAUUGGCCAAUUAUUUCGAACAUAUUUCCGGCUUUUUCCUUCCAAAUGGAUCAUGUUACCUGUGAAAAAUUCAGGUUUUAGAAAAACUUAGAUCUUUCAGUAUAAAGUAAAAUUUAGGCUAUAUUUCAACGAAACUGCAGUUUAACCGUGUUGUUUAUUUACGAUUCGGCGAUUAUUCACUGAAGGAAAGGGUUAUUUUACAGUGAGUUAACUUUUUUUCAAUUUUAGUAUGUUCAAAACUCCUUUCUGAGAAGUUUGAAGUCUCGAAUUACAUUUAAAAAAAAAACAAACUUCGCUUUGAGACCUUUGAAAAAAUUUACCAUGAUCCUUUAAACAGUGUAAUAUACAAUUUAAAACAUAUUUAAUUUAAAAAUAAAAAUAAUUAAUUUAAAUAAAAAUCAACUUUGACCCUUCAGACCUCGAGUUUUGUGGACAGACUUUUCAAAGUCCUCUUCCAUCCUCCAGCCGCCAUUUCUUCAAAAACGAACUCUAGUCAACGUAUUCUACCUUGUGGCCAUCUUAUUCACCUCGAUUUUCUUCUCGGCAACUUUCAAGGGCAACGCCACGGUGAUGCGGACGCGAGAAAUUGGGUGAGCUGCGCGCCGCCAACCGUCGCCAGCAGUCUUGUCCGAGUGGUUAAGGAGAUUGACUAGAAAUCAAUUGGGCUCUGCCCGCGUAGGUUCGAAUCCUGCAGACUGCGAAUCCUUUUUGCCAUUUUUAUAUAGGAACUUGAAGCUUUUUUCUCGUUGUUUUUUGGGAGUUUGGUGGAAUUUUCACAAAAUUUUUGAACACUUUUUUGUAAUUGCAGUAAAGUUUCAACCCGUCUUUUCCGAUUUAUCGUUGUUUGAAGUUCAGGAGUAUGCAAGACACCAUCCAUAAGUUGAAAAGUAACACGUGGAAUAUGAUCGUCAUGAGCGAUAGCUUUUUGAAAGACGAACAAGUAUGUUUCAAGGGUAAUUCGUGCAAAGGUUUAUGUUUUUUUUUUUCCAGAAAGAAGCGUUAUUCGGGAAUAAUAACCCGAAGAACCUUCAACUGGACACGAAUCUUCAAUCAGUUAUCAAUAAAGUUUGCGGAAGUCGCCAUGUUAUAACCUACCUUGCUGAUUCGCAAUUAACCUCGCCGGACCCGAAUUGUCCGGAAAUUCGUCAAAAAUGCACUUUUGCUGAGUAAAACUUGAUUUCGGAGCGCUUUGAAAGGAGAUUUUCAGAAUAAAUACUGAGGAUGCUAGCAAAUUUCCUCCGGAAUCGGUAAUUUGGAAAUCGAAAUUUGGACAAACUUACCCUGGGACGUUUUAUUUGAGCAAACAGGAACCGAGAAAAACCGUCGAAAUUUUCAAUCGAGUCCUUUUAAGGGUCUACAAUUAUGAACUGGUGAAUAUUAACUUCUUUUUUUUUACUGAUUUUCGUAUAAUUCAGCUUUUCAAUCAAUGGUGGGAAAGAUAUACCAACCGGCCACGUACAAUUGAAAUAACCCAAUCUCAAAUCAAUUACCGCCCAGUCACUUUAAAAAGACUUCAGCCGGUUCUUCGCGUCGCUGCCUAUUUAUACCUAUUUUGUAUCGUUGUUUUUUUAUUCGAAAUAGUCUUUCAAAGGUUAAUAUUUCAAUAAGUUAUUUAAAAAAACAAAAGAAAAACAAUUUCAGACUCAACGCCAACCCUCGUUUUCGCAAGCUUUUUAUUCGACAGGAUACCUUGUUUGAAAUGGAUUUGAUGGCUUUUUUGACUAGAAAACUCAUCGAAUUAACAGAAGAAGUGAGGUUUUUGAUUCAAUUUUCAAUUUUCACGUUGAAGUUUAGGGGUGGGGCAUCUGCAAUUCGUCCGCGGGAUCUCCCAAAAUGCCGCACGGUUUCGUUGGCGCUUUUGCGGUUUUUCGAAAUUCAAAUUUUAUUUUUCAAGAUUCUUUCCCAGUUCUUGUUUUUUAUCAUUUUUUUGUUAGUGUGCUUGUAUAAUUAAAUUAUGAGAUUAGUAGUUGAUGUGAAUCGCUUAGUUUGAGAAAAAGAAAUUCAGUUCUUUUUACUUUUCAAUUGUUGGAAAUAAACUUUUCUGUUAUCUUUUUCAAGUUUAUUGUCAAUGGUAUGUAAUGUUCAACUUACUUGUCGUUUUCGAGCUUUCUCACAGCGAAAAUUCUUUGUAAAAUCAAGUUAUUUUUUAUCAAAAUCUUUGCCGAUUUUUGAGGGCCAGGCUUUUUUCCCAACGUGAAAAACAGUAUAAACGACUUUUCCUGUUUAGAAACAUUCCUGAACUUUGUCUGUAACUACCGAAGCAAAACAGUAAGAAUUUUGAACAAGUUACGUUUUCAAAAAUACCUUUUUUGUUCAAAAGUUGGAAUCAAGCUGUUUUAUUUUUCUCGUCACGCUAUUUUCUUAAAGUUUCGGACGUUGUUUUCGUAUAAAUUAUAGUUUUGCGUGCAGUAUCAUUAUUCAAGUGUCCACACGACUCAACAUGGAUCCCGAUAUGUAUGAUGAGUUCGGUAACUACAUCGGGCCUGAGCUCGAUUCAGAUGACGAUGAGGCUGACGAAGUGCCGAACCAAGAAGACGAUGACGACGAGGGCAGCGACGCCGAUGAUCAAGUCCGGCUUGAGAUUUUUUUUUUCAAUGAUCAUGUAACCGAGUGAAGUUGAAAAAGACCUGAGGAACCUUUUUAAGGAUUUCCCUCGGAAAAGUUAUUGUUUAUGAGGUGUAAAGUUGAAAAGAAAAAAGAUAAAAUGUGAAAAAAACGGCCAAAAAGCCAAAAAAAAAAGUAGUUCUCUUUGAAAAAUGUGAGAAAAAGACCGUGUUUACUCUUUUUUCAAAUACCUUAUAAGGGUUUUCUGACGUUUUAUAUGUAGUAGAGGGCAGAUUAUCUGUUAGUUAUUAUAGAAAAAGUUUAUUUUGUUUUUUUAUUUUUUUCAUAAGACCUUUCCAAAAUAUUGACAAAAAGGACUGUAGUUUAUUUGAAUCCUUCUUAAAUUUGCCGAAAGCUUUAUUUUUUUAUUAAUGAGACUUUUUUUGGCUUGUCAGUCACUCCUUUUCUGGAGUUCUGGAAAAAUAACUUUUUGAAAUCUUUUUCAGGACCCGUUUGUUGUAAUUUAAUAUAUUAGUUUCAUAGGGAAGUGAAAAAAAGUACAUUAAAAAAAGAAAUUUUUCUUCCCUAGCGCAUUUUUAAGCCUUUUUUUGGAAUGUAAACUUUUUGAAACAUGUCAUUUUUUUCUUUCUUUGUGAGAGAUUUCUGGAUUUUUUUCUGUGAUCAAAGGUCUGGAAAUGAAAAAAAUCUUAUGUUAUUUUUCUAGAAUAAGUGAAUCUUUUUCAUUUAUAACCAAUCUAGGAACAAAUGGACGACGAAGAAGGCGAGGAAAUCCCUCAGAACCAGAUCGUCCUCCACGAAGACAAGAAGUACUACGCUUCGGCCGUUGAAGUUCAACUUGACUUUGAAUUCAGAAGAAAUUAAUUUUUUCUCAAGGUCUACGGAAAAGACGUUGAAACUCUGGUCCAAGAGGAGGACGCUCAGCCUCUGACCGAGCCCAUCAUCAAGCCGGUCACCCAGAGAAAGUUCCAAGUAAAACAAAAAAUAAUAAUUUUGAAGAUAAAUGUUAUUUUUCCAGGCCGUGGAGCACAAUCUGCCCCAGACAGUGUACAAAAAGGAGUACUUGGCGGAUUUGAUGGACUGUCCCCAUGUGAUGAGAAAUAUCGCCAUCGCUGGUCAUCUUCAUCAUGGAAAGGUGUCCGGAAAUUUGGCGUCUUGAGGAAUUAGUAAAAAAUUGGCGUCUUGGAGAUUUUCAAUCAAUUUUAAGUGGAGAAAAUCGAAGAAAGUGGCAGCAAAUUUGGCGUUUUGAGGAUUUUUUUUGAUUUGAAGUUGUAGGAAUUAGUGAAAAAUAGGCAUUUUAUCAAUUAAGUCAAAUAAAGAAAUUUCGGCUGAAACGGCGGGAAAUUUAGCGUACUGAGUAUUUUUAAUGACUGGAAGUUUUGAAAAUUAGUGAAAAAUAGACAUUUUUAAGAUUUUUAUCGUCUAUGAGUUGUGAUAAUCUUAGGAAAUAACAGGAAAACUGCCGUAUUGAGUUAUUUUUUUUUCCAACUUCGUAGAAAUCGAAGAAAAUAUGCGUCGAAGUUUUUCAACACUUUGAAGUUGUAGAAAUUAAUGAAAAGUAGACAUUUUGAAGGUUUCUAUCAAUUUUAAGUAAAGAAAAUCGAAGAAAAUAGCAAAGAAUAGGCAUUAUGAAGAUUUUUACCGUUUUUAACUUGGGAAAACUUCAGAAAAUUGCAGAGAAAGGAAUUUUUGUCAGUUCCCAGUUAUGAAAAUUGUAGGAAAUCAGCGUUUUAAAAAAUCUUUAUCAACUCAAAUUUGUGGAAAUCGGAGAAAGUAUGCGUCUUGAAGAUUUUCAACAGUCUCAGCUUGUGGAAAUUAGAAAAAGAAUAGCCGUUUUCAGGAUUUUCAUCGAUUUUAAGUUGAAUAUUGUAGAAAAAAAUGUAGGAUUAGGAAUUUUUUUCGGGAAAACUAGUCCGUUCUUCCUGAUCAAAGUAUGUCUAAUUUUUUUGUUUAUUUAAAUCUGCCAUUCUGUUCAAAAAGUGUAAAGAAUAAUAUCCGUUUUAAGUGAUUUUUUUGGUCAUUUAAGACUUCUUUUUUUCAAAAAAACUUCGGCCAUUUAAUAAAAAAACAUAAUCAAUUUUUUUGAGAGCUGGAUUUUCACACAACUUUUGAGGUCUAAAAUUUCAAAUACAGUAAACUCUCUUUUUUAGAUCAUUAAAUAUUAUUUUCAGACCACCUUCCUCGAUUGUUUGAUGGAACAAACGCAUCCGGAGUUUUUCCGCGCCGAAGACGCCGACACUCGUUACACCGACACGUUGUUCAUCGAGCAACAGAGGUAGGUUUGAAAAAGUUGAUGAAAAUCAUGUGUUCCCUGUUUCAAAGUAAUAUUUAAAGUUUGAAGUUUCUUCUAAAGUUGCUGACGCAUUGAUGUUCUCAAGUAGUUUUCGCGAAUUUCAAACAAUCUUUGACUCUCCGAAAUUAAGUUAUCUUUUACUUUCUCUGACGGCCGUUUGGAAUUUCGCGCAAUCACUUUGAACAGGUUAUAACUUUAGAGUAGAAAAAUCUUCUAAAGUUGAAUUGGUCUUUUUAUAGUUUUUUAAUUGGUUUUUUUAACACCGAAAAAAAUAUACAGUAACCACAGUCCUUUUUGGGCUUUCCCUUCGAGACCCGUCCAAAAAUUCUGAAAAAAAAGAAGGGUCUCGAAGCGAAAAGUGAACUGAAGGUAGAUUAUACAGUAAGAAGGACAUUUUCGUUUAGUGACGCUCCAAAAAAGGCAAAAAAUUUUUUGAAAAAAACAUGGGUCUUGAAGGGAAAAGUAAACAGGAGAUAGGACAUACAGUACUUCUAUAUAUUUAAAAGGUAUCCCUUGGAGACCCUUCAAAAAUGCCAAAAGAACGCGGGUCUCGAAGCGAAAAGUGAAGUUAUUAUACGCAGUAAAAUAACGGUUUGGCUGAAAGACGGUGAAAGAAAAAAUGCCGAAAAAGCUGAAAAAUAAUACUGGUCUCGAAGCGAAAAGUAAACUGAAGGUAUGAUAUACGGUAGAACAAACGUUUCAGCUUAGUGACGCUAUUAAAAUGCAAAAAAUAUUUGAAAAAAACACGGGUCUCGGAGCGAAAAGUGAAAUGAAGGUAGGAUAUACAGUAAAAAAAAAACCUUUUUUUUUUGCGCUUUCGAAACCUUUCAUAACGGCAAAAAAUCUUUGAAAACGCGUUUCGAAGCGAAAAGUGAACGGAAAGUUUGAUACACAGUAUGAAUAAUGUUCUUUGCGAAAUCGCUUCGAGACUCUUCAAAAUUGCAAAGAAGCAAAAAAAAAGCAUUGGUUUCGAGGCGAGUUCUGUACUGAAGGUGUAUGGGGUUUUUGGCAGGCUUGAUUGUCAUAUAACUUUUUUUCCUAGAUGUUUCUAGUGAAUUUGAAAACUUUUUAGUGACUCAAUUUUUCAAAGGCAGAAGCAGAAUAUAAUGUACAAGAGGGUGGAUAAAAAAAUAGCAGAAAUAAUAAAUAGAUAAAAAGGCGAUUAAGUUCCUCACGAACCUCCCAGGCAGUUAUAAAAAAUAUGAUUUAAUAAAAACCAGAGUUAAGUAGGUGAAUGACACAGGUUUGGUUAUUAUUAAAUCUUGAAAACUGGUUAAAAUCAAAUUUUUCUCAGAGGCUGUUCGAUCAAGGCGAUGCCGGUUUCGAUCGUCAUGCAGGAUAGUCGAAGCAAAAGCUAUCUUCUCAACAUUAUCGAUACUCCCGGUACCAGCAGAAAUAUGAAAAAGAAAAAAAUGUUGUGUUUUCCAGGACAUGUCAACUUUUCCGACGAAAUGACGGCGGCGUUCCGUCUGGCUGAUGGCGUUGUCAUCGUCGUCGACGCCCAUGAAGGCGUCAGUUUUUUUCAGAAAUUACUGAAAAUUAUUCAUUUUGGGAAAUCUAGAUCAAAAAUUUAGUUAUUUAUCCAGAAAAAUUGGUUGGUUGAAAAAAACGGAAAAAAAUUGAAAUUGAUUUUUUUGAAAAUUUCAAAUUUUUCUGCACUUCUUUCUAACCAUACUUUGACAACAAAUUGUUAUUCAAAAAAAAUUGAUCACAAUUUGUGGAUUUGAUGAAACGGGAAACAUUUUUUUGGUCUUUGAAAGUUCUGAACACUAUGAGAAUUUGAAUUUUUUUCUAGAACUUUUUUUCCGAAAAAUAGGAUUUGAAUCGAAACAUCGUUUUUUUAUGGAUACAUAAUAGAGGUCUUGAAAAACUGGAUGUGUAAUGCUUUUUGAGAAUGUUUUACCAGAGAUAGGGGGAGUUAACUUAGGUACAGUUUUCCUUUUUUUCUGCAACCAAUUUUUUUGGAAUGGAUCUUCAAUUUUUUUCACUUUUUUUCACUUUUCACUAAAUUUUUUUAAAAAAAUUCAUAAUUUUUUUAACCUUGAAAAAUUUUAGAUUUUGAUCAGAUUUUCAAAUAAUAUUUUUUUACUUUUUAAUGAGUUUAUUUAAUUUUUCGGUAUUUUUUUCCAAGUUUCAGAUCAUGAUGAGCACGUAAUAUUGAUUUUUUUCGAUUAUUUUUUUAACCUCAAAAAAACUGAGAUUUGAAGUAGAAUUCUUUAUGUUAAAUUAUAAAUUUAUAAUCAUUUAACUCGAAAUUAUUCAAUUUUUUUAAUCAUUUUCUCGGUUUCCAAAUUUCAGAUCAUGAUGAACACGGAACGGGCCCUUCGCCACGCGGUCCAGGAACGUCUGCCCAUCACUCUCUGCAUUUCGAAGGUCGACCGUCUUAUCCUGGAGCUGAAACUCCCGCCAGCGGACGCCUACUACAAACUGAGACUAAUCGUCGACCAAGUCAACCAGAUCCUCCAGUUCGUCUCGCAAGGAUUUUUUCAAGAAGAAUAUUUUCCAGAACCUUCUCCGAGGAGGAGGUCCCGGUACUGUCGCCUCUGAACGGCAAUGUCAUCUUCUCGUCGGGACGCUACAACGUCUGCUUCUCCUUAGUCUCGUUCGCCCAAGUCUAUGCUCAGAGGCACAGUGAGUAUCGAAACUGGAGAAGAUCCAAGGAUCUGUUCCGAGCAAAGAUGGGCAAGUAUAGAACGGAUUCAGCCCAGGAGGAGGGGUUGGCUUACAAGAAUUUCGAAAAAAGAUCAAGUUUCAACCUCAAGAAGCUAGUGUUCGCCUCAAUAACACAAGUUUUAGCCACAGGGAGGUAGUAACAGCUUUAAUUUAAGGGAAAUUGGAAGAAGGGGUCGGUGGUCUUGAAAGUUGAUCCUCUCUGAGAAUAAUAAUUAGUCUGUAGACUAAAUAAGGAUCGCAAAAAGACCGUUGUAGCGUGCUUCUCACACUUUCUUUUAUGGCCGAAAUAUCAUAUACAUUUUAUAACGGGUCCUUAACCCGUUAUCAUAACGGAUUUUAAAAAGCGCCCCUAAAAAUAUAUGUAUACUGUGGUUCUUUCCCUUAUAACCUCUGCUUCUCCUUGCUGACUAUCGAGAUUCUGAAUGUAGAGAAUCCAUCAAAAAGACCUAAAAAAAAACUAAGCGUGACAGUAGGAGCUAGACAUUAUUCAAAACUCCACGCUCGCCAGAGCUGCUGAUAAAACGGGUCUCCUCGCGACGACACGAGCGAUCACACUGUUGAAAAAAAGCCGUUUAUCCUAAUUUCUUGCUUGCCUUUCUUGAUUCCUACAUUUUUUUCAGGUUUACCUGAAAACCCUUGGAAUAAUAGAAAAGGACCCCUUUUUUUGGGAAAAGAUAGGUUCAAUAAUUCCAUGAGAAUUCACGGCUGUACUUGAAAAAUCUAUUUACUAUAUUUAAAAAAAUUUCAGAUAAAAAGAGAUGGAAGGUUAAUGAAAAAAAGUAAAUAGAUAAAACGGGAUUCUUUUAGCUUUCCAAAGUUAAUAAGCGAGAAUCAACGAAAAAAAGUGAAUUAAUUAGAUUUUUUUGAUCAUAAAAAGUUAUCACAAUAGUAUUCCGUAUUGAAAAGUAUUCUUCCAAAUUUUCCAGACGGAAUCUUCAAUCCCAAGGAGUUCUCGAAACGCCUCUGGGGCGACAUCUAUUUCGAUAAGAAAACUCGGAAAUUCACCAAGAAAGCGGCCAACAGCAGCACUCAACGUACUUUCGUCGAGUUCAUCUUGGAACCACUCUAUAAGAUUUUCUCGCAGGUAUGGCUUUUGGGAGUGAGAAAAAAGUUUUAAUUUCAAAAAAAAAAAUGGGAAACGAGGGAAGGAGAAGUUAAAAUACACAAAUAUUCAAAAUUGGUGUUUUGAAAUCACACAAAUGUCGGUUUUUUGAGAUUUGAAUAAAUUCUAGAGAUGUUAGUUUUAAAAAAGCCAAAAAGUAUUUUUUUAUAUUAUUUCUGUUACUUUUUCCGUACAGAGAAUCGGUUGAACUCACCUUUUUUUGGUUAAAAAAACUCUUUUUAAAAAUUUUGAAGUUUUUUUAAGAGAACUUUAUGCAUUUCAAAAACAGAGAACCGGUUCAAUUUUUUUUCUUUUUUUCGGGUUGUCAGAAGAUUUUUAUUAGUAAAAAUAGUCUGGUUUUUUUCAAGACUUGAAUGAAUUUUAAAGAUUUUUCAUUUUUGGGGAGCAAAAAAAGUGUUUUUAUUUCGUUUCUGUUACUUUUUCUGUACAUGGAUUCAGGAGAAAUUUAUCUUUUUGGCUUGAAAAAAAUUCUCUUUUUUUAGAAGUUUAAGAGAACUUUAUGCAUUUAAAAAAACAGAGAAUCGGUUGAAUUUUUCUCUUUUUUUGGGGGUUUUUGAAAAAAAUUGUCUUAUCACGGUUAUAACGAGGUUAUACGAGAGAACUUGAAGGAUUUAAAAAAAUUUGAAUAAUAAUUUUUUUAUAGAAGUGAAAUAGAACCUCUAAAAAGUUGGGAUCUUCACUGAAAACCGUAUGUGGAAAUGUAUGGAAAUUUAAUUUAUUUUUCGACGAAAUAAAAAUAAAAUGAUAGUUUUGAUUGGAUGAACUUUCAAAAUUGAAAUAUAACUAGAUGAAAAAUCAUGAAAAUAUUGAAAUUUAAAGGUGGUCGGAGACGUGGACACGUGCUUGCCGUACAUGAUGCAGGAGCUGAACAUCCGUCUCUCCAAGGAGGAACAACGGAUGAACGUUCGGCCCCUCGUUGCCUUGAUUUGCAAGCGAUUCUUCGGGGAUUUCACAGGUUUUUUUCUAGAGAGAAAUUUAUGAUUUUUGCCACGUUAGACAGCUCAAAGUUUUGAUUUUGAAGCUGAAAAUCCGGCGCUUUUUGAUUUUUUGGGGACUCAAAAAUACCAUUUUUGAAAAAAGAUCUAGACAAUAUUUUCAUUAUUCGGAAAUUUUCGGUUUCUUUUCGAAAUUUUGGGAACAGUACGAAUUUAUGUAGUUUUUCAAUGAUGAGAAAUCGAUUUUUGGUUCAAAAACCGCUUUGCUGAAAAAGUCGGAAGCGCGGAAAACGGGUGCAAAAUGGCCGUUAAAAGGGUUCCGUUUUGCGGCCUUUAUUGAGCCUUUCUUUUUAGGUGAGCUAAAAAACCUCAAAAAGGGUGAAAAAGGGUGAAAAAGAGUGAAAAAAGGGUGAAGAAAGGGUGCAAAAAGGGUGAAUAAAGGGUCCUAAAAGGGUCCUAAAAGGGUCCAAAAAGGGUGAAAAAAGGACGCUGAAAAACUGGGCCAUUGAUGAUGUUAUUACUGUAGCACAUUUUGGUUCAUACACAGUCACUAGAAAAAAUAAUCUCAAUUUAAAAACUGUUGUGUUUUUCGAGAAGGUCCAAAAAGGGUGGAUAAAGGCCUAUGAAAGGACGGAAAAAGGCAGUACAAAGGCAACCUUUGCCAUCCGUUCAGUAAAAAUUAAUGGAAGCCUUUUGCACCCAUAACGCACCCUCAAAGGGCCCCUAAGGGUCCUCCCGACUUUGCCUAUAUUUUUUAAGGGUUUCAAAAUUAUCAAUCAUCAAAAACCAGAAUUUUUCCCUUCAAUUUUCACCCAAUUUUUCAGCUUUCACGGACCUUGUCGUGAACAACAUCCAGUCGCCCCUGGAGAACGCCAAGAACAAGAUCGAAUUGACGUAUUUGGGACCGGCCGACAGCAAAUUGGCCCAGGAAAUGCACAAAUGCAGUGCUGAUGUUCGUAUUUCAGAGAUUGGAACACUCAAAAAUCAGCCUCAAAAAUUCAAAAAAAUAAGAACGUUUUUCGGAGCAUCUUAAAGGGGACCAUUUAAUAAUAUUUUUGAAACUUUCCAUUUUAAAAAUCAUUUUCCUGUUUCUGAGGAUCUUUAUCCGAAAAAUAAUGAAACAAAAAGUAAUCGUGACGAAUCGAAAUUGUAAACAAAAAUAAAUGAACGGUUUUGCGUUUUGAAAAAAAUAUUUUGCGGAUAAAAAAAUUAUUUUUCCUGUUUCUGGGAAUCUUUGAGUAAUAAAAAAAGGAAAAAUAUAAUAAUUGCUAUUUUCAAACUUAAUUCAUUGAAAAAAAUCGGAACUCGUUUCAAACGCAAAAAAAAAACUUGCUCAAAAAACCUUGGAGAAAACCUUUGGACGCCUAAUGAAUGUAAUUUUAAACUUGCUCCGUUUGAAUAUCCUUUUCCUGUUUCUAGGCUUCCCUGACCAAAACUUAUGGAAUAAAAAGUAAUGGAGAUGCUUUAAGACGAUUUCAAACCUUAUUCUGUGAAAAUAAAACUAACUGAAUUGAUAAAAAAUCAAUUAUUUCGCGACAACUAUAGGACAUCAAUGAGUGCAAUUUUGGCUCCAUGCUCCGUUUUAAUAUUGUUUUCCUGUUUCUGUAGAUCUUUGAGCAACGAAUAGGAAAAAAAUAAUUUGCGAUUUUUUUGUCAAACCUUUUUCAUUAAAAACUCGGAACUCAUUUCAAAAGGUGGAAAAAAACUUUCGGAGAAACCUUUGCGCGCCAUUGAAUGCAGUUUUUAAACUUGCUCCAUUUGAAAAUUAUUUUCCUCCUCUGGGGUCUUUGACUACGAACUAUAAAAUUAAAAGUAUGCUUUUCAAAUAUUUCAAACUUUAGUCAUCGAAAAAUCGGAACCGAUUUCAAAACCCAAAUAAAAACUGUAAAAAACAAUUUUUCUUUAAGAAACAUCAUUUUCCUGUUUCUGGGAGCCUUUAGCUUAAAAACUAAGGAAAAAUAAACUAAUUUAGAAGUUUUAUGAAGAUUUCAAAUUUUAUCCUUAAGAAAAAAAGAUUGUUAGCUUCGGAGUUACUUCAGUAACGAAAUUUCGGGAACUUGCUCUGAUCAAACAUUAUUUUCCGGCUUCCAGGGUCCAUUCGUGCGUUUUCUUAACGAAUUUCGUGAGUUUAGGGACCUCUGAUGGUUCACACGACGAAGAACUACGCGACGGCCGACGCAACAUCGUUCCGAGUUCUGGGCCGAGUCUUGAGUGGAACUCUCGAAUCCAACGCCGACGUCAGAAUCCUCGGAGAGAACUACAGCAUCCAGGAUGAGGAGGACUGCCGUAGGCUGACCGUCGGACGACUCUGGGUCUACGUGGCGAGGUACGAGAGUAAAAAAAAAAACUGGGGAACGCUUUUGAAGAGUUUAGAGCGGCUAAAUCCGCCCCCUCCGCUGUAGGACCUUCUUGCGUCGAUUUCUUUCAUAUAGUGUGACGAUGGUCCUUUAAUAGCGCUGCAUUUUUUGACUAUUUUUCAAGCUGGAUCGAAAAAGGUAGCGCUAUUAAAGGAGCAACGAUGCGAAAAGGCAGCGCUAUUAAAGGAGCAUCGAUGCGAAAAGGUAUAGCCGAUUCAUGGCUGUCUUGCGACGCUAAGAGGCGUGGCUUCUGCGCUCUCCUUCAACCAGGCGCUAUUUCUUCUUUUAUCGUGUCAGGACCCUUUUUUCGAUGGCUCAAGCCAGCUAUACUGAGCUACUUGAAAUUAGAAAUUUGAGCAGAUUAUAUAGUGCUCCCUGCACAGUCAUAAAGGCACAGCUGAAUAUAAGCUACAGUAAGCACAGUUUUCUUUGCACGUUUAUGCGGAAAAUGACUACAAAAGUCUGCAAAAAACAAAGGUCUCGAACCGAAUCCGCGGAAAUUUAGUAUACGGUCUUUUUUACAGUAAAAAACUGGGGAAGAUAGUAAAAAGUGUGUUUUAUUAUAGAACCCUAGAAAGUUAGAGAGCGCUAAAAAAUGAGAAGAUUGGAUUUUUUUUUUCUAAACAAUCUUUUGUUUACCAGGACUCUCUAAAAUCAAAAAUUCGAAAGGACAUUAUUUUAAAAAUAUACGAAACAUUGGACGUCAAAUUGUAGUUGAUCAUUUGGAAUUCAAGAAGGUACCUCGAUUUGAAAGUACCAUUAUUUUUCCAAGGCCUGAGAAAUUUACAGAAAAAUGGCCAGUGGAUCAUAAGUUUCUCGUGUCGUUUUCAUUGAAAUCCCUCAAAAUUGAACUGAAGUUGCUCAAAAAUCUGCAUUUUUCGAGAAAUGCUAUUUCUUAUUCGCUCUAGAGAAGAGUUUACAUGGAGUUGCUAACCGUGUAAUUUUUUUAAUCUAAAAAAAUCGUAUUUUUUUCAAAAAAAGGUACCCUUCAGAAAAAAAUCUUUCAAAAAAAUUUGACGAAAAAAAUGUUUUUUUCAAUAUAAUACAUGAUAACCACUGCGUCUUGAUUUUUAAUUCACGAAAUUCGCUAAAAAUAUGUUUCCUAUCUACUGAUUUUUAGUGAAAAAAGAAGGUUAGGAAAUCAUUUUAACGAACAUUUUUAUGUAUUUCGCCGUCUCGAACUUAUUAGAAAUUAAUCUUAUUUUUUUUUCAACGUGACCUGGCUCAACGGAAACAGGAUGAAAUGAGUUUCAAAAGAGCAUGAAAAGUUUUUUCUAUGAGUUCGUAGUAUUCAUGGAGAUAUUUUAGCCAACAGCUUUCAUUCAUUUAAAGUGUUUAUUCGCCAUUCCGCAAUCUGCAUGAAAAAUACAAAAAAUAAAACAUCCAAAACAAUCAAAUAAAUCUAACAGCUGAUCUGUGGAUUGCCUGAAUAGACCGCCUCUUUAGAGGAUUACUGUAGCCAAAAUACAAAAAAAAAUGCCAUACUCUCACCACAACAGCUACACAAUGUUCUGAAACUUUUAGUUUAGGAUUCGGUAGGCUCCGCCUCUCUAGAGAAUUACUGUAGCCAAACUACGAAGGCUAUGAUAAUUCUCGAAAGGGGCGGAGCCUGUCAAAACCCUAAACAAAAGUUUCAGAGGCUUGUGUAGUUGUUAUGGUAAGAGUAUGAACUUUUUUCGAAUUUUGGCUACAGUAAUCCUCGAAAGGGGCGGAGCCUACCGAAUCCUCAACUAAAAGUUUCAGAGGUUUGUGUAGCUUUUGUGAUAAGAUUAUGAGCUUUUUUUUUUUUCGAAUUUUGGCUACAGUAAUCCUUAAAAGGGGCGGAGUCUACCAAAUCCUCAACUAAAAGUUUCAGAGGUUUGUGUAGCUUUUGUGAUAAGAUUAUGAGCUUUUUUUUUUCGAAUUUUGGCUACAGUAAUCCUUAAAAGGGGCGGAGUCUACCAAAUCCUCAACUAAAAGUUUCAGAGGUUUGUGUAGCUUUUGUGAUAAGAUUAUGAGCUUUUUUUUUCGAAUUUUGGCUACAGUAAUCCUUAAAAGGGGCGGAGCCUACCAAAUCCUCAACUAAAAGUUUCAGAGGUUUGUGUAGCGUUUUUGAUUAGAGUAUGAGCUUUUUUUUUUUCGUAUUUUGGCUACAGUAAUUCUCUAAAGAGGCGGUCUAUUCAGGCAAUCUUCUCCUCCAACCAUUUCCACAGAUCAGCUGUUAGAUUUAUUUGAUUGUUUUGGAUUUUUUCUUUUUGUAUUUGUCUUACGGAUUGCGAAAAGACGAAUAGACACUUUAAAUGAAUGAAAGCUAUUGGCUAACAAUGCUAUACGAAUACUACGAACUCAUAGAAAAAAACUUUUGAUAAUCUUUUGAAACUCAUUUCAUCCUGUUUCAGUUAAGCCAGGUCACGUUAAAGAAAAUAAAUUUCUUGACGUCGAAAUAUAUAAAAUUUUCGUUAAAUUGAUUUCCUAACCUUCUUUUUCCACUAUUUACAUGAGUCCUUUAUCCUAUGAGUAAGAGUGAUAGAGUCUAGAUUUUAGUAGGAUCUAGUGAUUUUAUAGUCCGUUUUUCCCGACUUGAAAGGGCGGGACUUCUUUACGCCCUCCUUAUCUCUCGACGUCUCUCUCAUGUUUACGUGCUAAUUCCAUGUUUCUCUGACCUGUCGGUGAGGGAACAGAGAGACGCAGACACGCGAAAACUGUCAAGUCGCGGCGAAUGGACUAGAUAAUCCAAAAAAUCUUCUUUCUUUUUCUUUUCUUUCCGAUUCUUUCCACCUGACCUGGCUUAACUGAAACAGGAUGAAAUGAGAAAAACAAUAAAAGACUGCCUGUUCCUAGAACUAAUUCGUGUCUUUGGCGUAUCGCUCUUAUCAUUAUUCUUUCAGAUAUCAAAUCGAAGUCUCGCGCGUCCCGGCUGGAUGUUGGGUUUUGAUUGAAGUGGGCUUGAAUUUUGAAAAAAAUCGUAAUUCUGUCCCUUUUUAGGGAAUCGAUCAGCCCAUUGUGAAGACGUCGACGAUCGCCGAGUUGGAUUAUGAUGAGGAUGUUCGUGACGAAUUUUAUUGUAAAAAAAUGGAAUUGAGAUAGGAAAUAAAGGAAAAAAAAAGCCUAAAAGACGAUUUUUUGAUGAUUUACGGCUUAUUUUUGGUUUUUUUCGGGAACAGGUUCAACUAGAAGUAUGAGAAAUACGUCCAGAUCUGAAAAAAGAACAACACUGUGAUAAAUUUAAUAGAAAAAGGCACAAGAAAGACAAUUUUCAAUGGUUUUUUGUGUAUUUUUUUGAUUCCAGCAGUUUUACAACUGAUUUUUUCAAGGUCUACAUUUUCCGGCCCCUCAAGUUCAACACGAAAAGUGUGGUCAAGUUGGCCGUCGAGCCGAUCAAUCCCUCCGAGCUGCCCAAAAUGUUGGAUGGCUUGAGAAAGGUGAGAAAAAGGGAAUUUCCUAGAAAGUGGUGGUUAGAAGAGGUCUUUGUACAAUUUUUGAACUGGGGAAGGAGAUUUUUAGAUUUUUCAUCCAAUUUUUAUGGUUUUGCAAUCGUUUGCCUUAAGUGUUGUCAGUAAGAAGCUGGAUUUUUUUCAAAAAAAUUUUUAGAUAUUAUAAGGACUUUUUUUAUAAUUUUUUUGGUACUAGUGAGCGUUCUUGAAAUUCUUCCAGUUAUUAGUUUUUUUUCAUCCUUUUUUUCUUGCAUUUUUUUCACUUUUUCCGAUUUUUUUAACCUCGAGAGAAAAAUGUCGAAUGUUUUGGUUAUAAUCCAAAUUGGCAUACCUUGGUUUAAAAAGGCUUUUCAGAGGAGAAUUUUGGUUUAUUGAUCCAUUUUUUACGGGUUUUUGAAGUCAUUUGCGUUUAUUUAUGUUGGUGAGAAGCUGGAUUUUUCUGUAGUUUAAAAUUUUUUUAAAUUUUACUAUUUGACUUCUUUAAGCGCCACUAGCGCGCUUGUCGAAUAUUCUCACAGUUUUUUUAAAUUUUUUUAGAAUCUUUUUUUAUACAUUUUUUUCAAGUUUUAUCCCGAUUUUUUAAUCUCCAGAGAAAUACACUAGUUUGCGAGUUAUACAAACUGGCACAUGUUGUUUUAAAAAAAUGAUUUUUUCAGUUGAAAAUCGAAAAAAAUAAUUUAUUUUUGGUCUUUAUUAAUAAUGAACUGUGCGCUCUUCCUAAUGUCUUUUUGUUUUUGAGUUUCAAAAAUUCCAGCUUUUUUUUUUCUCUAGUAGCUCCUACAUGAUCUUUAUAAAGUGAUUUGGAAAGUUUUUCUUAAAAAAAUUUAUCUUUUUCGGUUGAAAAUGAUUUUUUAAGGUCAACAAGUCUUACCCCCUUCUGACGACUCGCGUCGAAGAAUCCGGAGAACACGUCCUUCUGGGAACCGGCGAGCUGUACAUGGACUGUGUGAUGCACGACAUGCGGAAAGUCUUCUCCGAAAUCGAUAUCAAGGUUCCGUGGAAAUAAAACAAUAUAACAAAGUAUUAGUUCUCUUUUCGGUCAACUUUGACGUAUAUUUGUGCUCUUUUCGGUCAACUUUGACGCAAAAUAAAAAUCUCUUAAGGAUGACAUUAAUAUUUAAAACCCUAGUUUUUACUCGCCGUAAACAUUUUGGAUUCUUUGAACUAAUUAUCUUAGUUUCUCAUUUUCUCGAAGCUUUUCAGGUUGCCGACCCGGUCGUAACGUUCUGCGAAACAGUCAUUGAAACCUCGACCCUUAAAUGUUUCGCCGAAACUCCCAACAAAAAGAACAAAAUCACGAUGAUGGCCGAACCGCUGGAGAAGGGUCUCGCCGAGGAUAUUGAGAAUGAAGUGAAGCAGAAAGAAUAUUGAAAAACGGAGCAAUUUCGAUUUUUAGAUUGUUCAAAUCGCGUGGAACCGAAGACGUCUCGGAGAGUUCUUCCAGUCGAAAUAUGACUGGGAUUUGCUCGCCGCCAGAUCCAUUUGGGCCUUCGGACCAGAUACCACUGGCCCGAACAUUUUCCUCGAUGAUACCCUGCCUUCUGAGGUGAGUGUUUUAGAAGGAAAAUAGGAGGCUGACCAAAAAACAGACAAGAAGAAUUAUGACUUUGACGAAAGGGUGUAGAAAGUUAGUAGUUUGGAAAUUUAUGAAAAGGACCUUUUUUUAAAGAUUGGAAAAUAAAGUUUUAGUCCAAAAAUGGCCUAAAUAUAUCCAAGAAAAAAAAAGAAUAGUUGUCUUCUCUUGUUUCGAAGCAAUAGAACUUGCAAAAGAAACAAAUUUGGUAAGAAAAAAAAGAUAGAAUAGUUCGGUGUUUUGAAAGGAAUGUUUACAUAUAAUUCGAAGGAAAUUUUUUUUUGAAAUGUUCAAAUUAUCAAUUUUUUCUUUGAUUUAUUUUUUUUUCAUUCGCGGUAAACGUGAAAUCUGCGCUUUUACAGGUUGACAAGCAUCUUUUGGCGACCGUCCGCGAAUCUCUGGUUCAAGGAUUCCAAUGGGCUGCCCGUGAAGGACCACUCUGUGAAGAACGUCAGUUGUUGCUCCUUUAUAGUUAGACGAAAAAAUCUGUGACGACCUUUUUCAGAAAAGAAGAGAAGUUUCUAUACGUUCAAGCUUGAAAAAAGCAAAUUUGAAGACGUUUUUUUGCUCUUUCGCUUCGAGACCCUUGAAGAACUGCAGAAAAAACAGAUCAAUAAAAUCGUUUAAAAUAUAUCAAUUCUCAAUAGAUCUGAGUUCUAGAAAUGGAGCAUUUAGAAGAGUGCAGUUUUUAAAGAGAAACUAGCGGAUUUUUCAAUCCCGAUUUAAAAUUUAAAAAAUCGUGGGAAAUAAUAUUAUUCCAUGCGGUAUCAGGUCUCAAAGCGAAGUUUGCAUUAGAAGCGGUUUUUAAAAAUUUAUGCUGGCCUGAAUUUCAGGUCUUUAUGAAAGUCUUGCGAAAUCCUCUAUGAGAGGAAAUGAUUUAAUAUCUUUUUAGCCAUCCGAAACGUCAAGUUCAAAUUGCUCGACGCGACGAUCGCCAACGAGCCUUUGUACAGAGGAGGUGGUCAGAUCAUUCCGACGGCCCGUCGAUGUGCAUAUUCGGCCUUUUUGGUGAGUUUUAGAAGGAAUAUGUGGGAAAUUUUUGAUUGAUUGAUUGAUUGAUUGACCUGUAAGGUGAUAUAUGCAGAUUUAACAAAGGUGCUGGUUUUGGCGGGGUUUUAAAAUUUUAAAAUUUUUAGGAUAGUAGUUGAAAAUGUUGCAGAAAAGAAAGCGAAAAAAGUUCCACAACCUUGAAAAAUAGAAAAAGUUAACGCGAAAACAUUUAAAAAAGAAAAAAUCUUUAAUUUCAACAAUAAUCGAGUAGAAUGUCCCCUGCAGCGGCCGCUUACUGGAACCUCUACAGGGGCCACUUUACAGGCUUUAGUAGUCCCUAUAGGGCGAGAUAGAGUGGUCACUAGUCGGGAACUUCAAAUGUCCCUAAAUUUGCCCCUAUAGGGACCACUCUGGAGUGCCAUAGAAAGGCGCAGAACAUUUCAAGUCAACAAAAAUUGACUCAAAUCGAAAAAUAUCGAUUUUCAGAUGGCGACCCCUCGUCUGAUGGAGCCCUAUUAUACGGUGGAAGUUGUCGCCCCGGCCGAUUGUGUCUCUUCCGUUUACACGGUCUUAGCCAAACGACGUGGUCACGUCACCACUGACGCACCGAUUCCCGGAUCCCCCAUGUAUUCCAUCAAGGUGCUUGAAAGUCAAAGGGAUUGUAGAAAGAAGAGAAAAAAAAGCAGUUGAAAGAAGUUUCAGAGCUGUAGGAAAAAUGACAGAGCAAAAUAAUAGUUUCAAAGGGAAAAGCUUCAGAAAAAAGGUCUAAGGCUUUAUGGAAAAAAAAUUAUACAGGCGUGAAAAUCUAGUAUGAAGAAAAAAUGCUUUAGAGCAUACAUGAUCAUUUAUAAAGGUCGCCGACUCCUCCUUCUGGUUUUCCCAAGUCAAAGUUGAUAUUACCUCCCUGAGGGUGAAACUGCCGUCCUUUUGAGAAAAGGGGGGGGGGCACCCCGGAGUGGGAUCCAGCCGAUGUAUGGGCCAAAAGAACCUUCUUGAGGUUGAAAAUUGAUUUUAUCUCUAGUUUUUCUGAAUUCUUAUGAGCCGAUCCCUCCUCUCGGGCUCAAUGAGCUCUGUACUUGCCUAUCUAUGCUUUAGAGGCUUCAACUUGCUGUAAAACUUUGACGGAAACAGAUGACGAAAAAAAACAUGAAAAUUGCAUGAUCCUUUCAAAUUUUACUGCUCAGUGAAUGGAUAAAAAUAACAAAAAACGAAAAUUUCACGAAUUUUGGAGGAUAUUUUGGACCUUAGUAUUUUCUUUGAACUAUCCGUUUCGAGUAGCAGCGGGAAAAUUGGGAAUCGGGAGAAAACCAUGCCGAAUAAAAUAUUUGAAAAGCUUCCGAUUUUUUUUUUGUGAAAUCGAACUGAUUCAACAAACGUUGACGCCUGAGGAUCGAAAAAAAAAUUUUCCGUAUUUUUCUACCCCAACGUCUCAAUUUGAAGGCGUUCAUCCCGGUGAUGGAUUCGUUCGGCUUCGAGACGGACCUCCGAACGCACACCCAGGGACAGGCCUUCUGCAUGUCCGUCUUCAAUCAUUGGCAGGUAAUCACUCACCUGUUCGAAAAAAAAAAGAAAAAUCCGUUUUCCCCAGCUUUCCUGUUGCACUUGUAUAAUUUGAAAAGAGUUUGACUCGAAUUUUGCUGAGACGCUUGUGUCAAUUUUGGUUAAUUAACGUGGUUAAAACGGUAAAAUAUUUAUUUAAAGGAAAAAAACCCAAAUUUGGUGGCUUUUUUGGAAAGUUCUAGACCUAAAACUGAAUCUUAAUGUUCAAAUUAUGAUUUGAAACCUCCAUCAGAUCGUUCCCGGAGAUCCGCUGGACAAAUCGAUCGUGAUCCGGCCCCUGGAACUGCAGCCGACGCCUCACCUCGCCCGAGAGUUCAUGAUCAAGACGAGGUGGGUAGAUGAUCCAGGGAGAUGAAGCAGUAUGGAGAGAAUUCCUAGAGGCAAUCGAAUUUCGCGGAAAAAGCGCUUUGGGAAUGGAGCGAUUGGAGGAGUGGUCAUUAGAGCUUGAGUCAGAUUGAAUUUUGAAUAUUACAAAUUUGCAUCUUGAAGCAGUUUGAGGUAUAAAUGUUAAAAUUUGGGUGGAGAUUCAGAUUGAGCUUUAAAUAUUGCAAAAAUCGAUCUAGGUAUUGAUAGAGCUCUGGAUAUUCUGGAUAUUGAGGAUUUGAAUCUAAAAAUAUAUUGAGCUGUAAAAAUUGAGAAUUUCCAUCGAGAAGUGAACCGACCGUUCAAUUGUAUCUAAAACAUAGAUUUAAGACCAGAUUGAGCUCUAAAAAUUGAUUUUCAGCGGGGCUUUGAAAGGUCAUAUCUGGGCUCCAAAAUUUCUUUGAGAAAAAUCUGAUAUUUUUCCGUGACCAGAGGUUCAAGAUCCAUAUACCAUUCCAAAAUGAGCUCAAUCGGGGACGCUGAAUUUUUCGACUUUUGAGGAUCCAUAACUUUUUUUCAAAGACUCCUCGACAGUUGUUGAGACCAGAUUUGGGUUCAGCGUGAAAAACUACAUAUAGGAAACAUUGAGAGGUCCCACUGCGGCCGGAGACCAUUACCUGGUGAGCCUUGAAUGUUGAUAAUGAAGCGAAUUGAGUUUCAAAGAAAUCUAUUUUCCUGUAUUUUGCAACUGAUCAAAACAUUUAUUCAAAGAGGAUACACGCAUAUAGUAUGACUGAUAACUUGUGGAUAGGAUUAAGCGGAAAAUAAGAAAAAAAAACCCUUAACAGAAAUAAUAAAUAACAAAAAUGCAAUAUCAUGGCGAUUGUGAUAGGUUUUGUGAGAAGAAAGAUGACAAAAAAGGGAAACAUCAAUAUUUUCAAUCAGCGUAUAAUGUUGCCAAAGUUUUCCCUUGUGUGGCCAUGUUUCGAGCGUCGCGGUGCUCGAAUGUUAUUAUUACCUAAAAUGAAGCGAUAAAAAAAGCAAUUUUUAAAAAUUUUUAUGUUGGGAAAGGGAAUUACGAUUCAAAAAGAAGCUGGAUUUUUGAGCUGCAAGUUUGAAAUUUAUUCGAAGAAUGAAGAGAAAGUUGUUUUUUUGUCUGUUAAUGAAUCAGCUAUGCAAGUAGUUUCAUGAUUUUUGAACUCUCUUAGCGAUUUUUCGGUAUUGAAAGGUUUCACAUUGCUAUUUUCGAGCUUCGAUAAAUUUUGGAUAAAGACACACUUUAUAAGAUAUUUAGGAUUGGUCACAGAAAAGUGGAUUUUUGAGCUCCAUGAAUAUAUAUUUUACAAGAAAAAAAUAAGAAAAACCAUUUUCUUUGGAUGAAAAAUCAAUUUUAUAAGUAGAUUCUAUAUUUUUGAAUUUUCCUGGCGACUUUUUUAAAGGAAAUUACCUUGCUAUCUUCGAGUUUCAAGCAUUGCUUACAAACUGCGGUUAGCGUUUUGGCAUAGUUGUCGUUUUCGGAUUGAGAGGAAGGCCUCGGGGAGAUUAACUGGAAUAUAGAUUUUAUGGCUGGGAAAAAACAAAACAAAAAGAUACAUAACUUGAAAAUUUUUCCAUUUUAAUCCAAGUUCUUUGUCCUUUGUUCUUUCCUAUAAAAUUCGAGUUUUUCUGUCAACUGUAUAGAGCGGAGCCAUAAAGCAUAAAUUCGCCAGAAAAAAACCUUGAAAUCGGUGAAAAAAAGAUAUAAAACGGGAUUUUUCCGCAAAAAGUUCUUAGAAAAUAAAGAGCGGUUAAGUUUUUUUUUCUUUCCUAGCUUAUUUUUGUUUUUUUUUUUUGAGGCAAUUGAUAACAAUGAGACAGCAAAAAAAUAUAAAAAAAUGUGCAUUCAAGGCAAUUUUUUUCUGAUCAUUGGAUGAAAGGCUUCAUUGUCAAAAUUUUUCAAUUUAGAAAAUCAGAAAAAAAAACCUUACGUUAAUUAGUGCAAACGGUUGUUGCGACAAAUUCGACGUGAUCUUUUUCCCGGCCUCCAAAAUUACAAUAAUUUUCUCGGCCGGAAUCCCGCCCACUUUUGACGCAUGAUAGGCGAUCGCUUGCUGAAAAUCAAUUCUUGUUGAAAAAAUCAAAAAAAAACCUCGAAAUCAUCUGGAAUAUCGACAUUGCGGACGUUUGUUUGCACUGUUAUUAUUUGCAUUCUCCUUUUUUUCCUUUGUCCGUUGCACGAUCCGCUAGUUUGACACAACCGAUUUUGAAUGGGAAGUUUGUAAAUUGGUGAUUUGCUGGAAAAGUUCAAGAUUUUGAUGAAAAAUGGGUUUUAAAUGAUGAUUUUCAUAAUUUUUUCCGAAUAUCUCGAACUUGAUAAAAAAAGGAACGAAGUUUAGGAAAAUUUUGAAAAAUAUGGCAGGAAGAGAGAGUUUUUCCAAGAGGGACUCUAAAGAUUUUUCGAAAAAAAUAAUUAUCAAUCGGUUUCUAAUGGACUGAUAGUGUAGAGAAAAAAAGUUAUUAAUUUUUUUCAAGGUGAGAAUUCAAAAAAAUAAGAUAAGCAUCGGAAAAAAAGAGUACCUUGGAUAAUAUUAGUUGACAUAGUUUCAGUACUAAAUCUGAAAAAAAUUAGAUUUUUUUGGAUAAAAAAAUCGAAGAUAUUUCAAUGAAAAGGGGUUGAUUCAAAGAGACUAGAAAGCUUUUUUUUCUCACUUGAACAUAAUUUUUGAAUAAAGAGAAGGGUUAUCAGUUUUUUUGAGAUGGAUGGGAAAGAUUAUUAGACAAGAAAAAAAGUGACCUGAAUGGGAAUUUUUAAACAAGUAAAAUGUAGAAAAUUCAAACUCCUUUGACGAUACAAAAGUUAUGUUUUUUUUAUUCAAAAUUGGAAUUUUUAGACAUUUUUAGAUCUAAUAGGGUUUAUCAGUUUUUGAAGAGGCUAAUAAGGGAUAAAUCAGGAUCUGUUUGGAAAUAAUUGAUUAAUGGCAUCAAAAGUUCAGGGAAAUGAAGCGAUCAAACUGAAGGUGAAUGAGAAAAUGGAUUAUUCAAAGUCAAAAAUGGAUACUUGAAGAUUAUUCAGAACCCCAUAAGGAAUAUCGGUUUUUUGGAAGAGCUGUCAUUGAAGAAAAAAUGAUCGAAAUGAAAAGUACUAGGUAGGAACGAUUCAGAGAGUUGAAAUCGCGACUAAAAAUCGGAACAUUUAAGGAAAUCAGAUUUUAUAAGUUCAAAAUCAGGAAUCUUCAAGUGAGAACUUAAUAAGGAUUAUGGGUUUUUUGGAGAGGCUGUAAUUGAAAAAAUAAUGAUUAUAAUGAAAAGCAAUAAGUAAGAACGAUUCGGAGGGUUAAAAUUGACGCAAAGAAGAAAAUCAGAUUUUAUAAAUUCAAAACUAGGAGCCUUGAAGUCAGAAAUCAAUAAGGAAUAUCGGUUUUUUUUUCUCGCUGAAGGUGGAUAUGAACGGGGGCUAAUGGGUCACCGGCACAGUGGCGGGUAAUUGCAGCAUGGAAGCGGAAAAUUGACGACGAAAUACAUUUUUCGCUGUUGAAAGCAGAGACAGAAACGUUGGAUUUUUUCUCUUUUGGAGUGUAGAGUGGGCGGAGCCUUUGCGCGACUCCCCGGGGCGAUGUUUGUCCUGUGAAAAAUGGGACAUUUAACAGAGUUGUCCUGCUUUUUUUGUGACAGUUUUCAAGGGGAAAUCAGAUUUUGAUUUUUUUCUGAAUUUUAAAAAUGAUAAUUUUGAACUUUCUGGUGUGACAAGGAAGGUCUCUGUGGCUGGAAAUUUUCAAAUAGUCGGAAAAAAACUGUUUUUUUGAUGGUCGAGCUGCAAAAAAUCAUAAUUUUUGAGGAAAGAAGCUUCAGGAACCAUUAAAUAUAGUAAAAAAAUAAUGGACGAUUUCGAUACUUUUUCGCUCUUUUUUUCCACGAAAUUUGAGGUUUUUUUGUAAAUUGAGAGCUUUAGGAUCUUUAUUUGGGUCCACCAAGAAGUAUUCUGCAAAAAUUUUAGAAAAAAAUUGAAUCAUUUAUAAAAAAAUAAUUUCAUAGGCCAAGUUAAAAAAAGGUGGGGUUCCAUAAAAAAAUGUUCCUUUUUUUGCUAUCUUUUUGCGCCAUUUCAUCGACUGUUAUAUAUCAUUUUUGCUGCCUCUCCCUUUUCCCACCAUUUCUUCAGCCUUUGAAACCCUUGAAAAAAUGAAAGUCUCGAUAAAAGGACUCUUUUUGCUACCUUUCUGCGGCCUUUUUUGAGCCUUUUAGCGGCCAUUAUCCACCAUUCCGACUUGCCCGAGCUUCCUUCUAGGGAAUCUCAUCAAAUCAAAGCAAUCAAUAAUAAUUUUUGAAAACAUCAUCGCUUUUUAAUGGAAAUCUGAGUUUACAGAAGACGCAAAGGACUUUCGGAAGACGUCUCGGUGAACAAGUUCUUCGACGAUCCCAUGCUUCUGGAGCUCGCCAAGCAGCAGGACAUCUUCAACUACACCGGAUUCUAA